AUGGGUCCGCAGCUGAAGAUGUUCUCGGGGCCUCAGAUGGCAUUCCUCCGGCCGUCGUUAGGUCUGUCGACGCCAUUCACGGCUUUCCCGCUAUCGCGAUGCUUCUCGACGACCUCGCCUGCCCUCGAUUGGCUUACCCCUAAGUUCGCCGAGAGAUCCAAGUCCCCGAAGGGUCGUCCGCAUGUCGCAACUGGUGGUUCUUCCCGCGGUACCACUGUCGUCUGGGGUGAUUAUGGCUUGCGGAUGAAGGACCACGACCGCCGGUUGCCCGCUGCGUCGCUGAAAAUUGCAGAGGAUACGAUCAAGAGACGUCUGAGGGGUAUGAACUACACAUUGUACAAGCGCGUGAGCGCAAACAUCGGUGUCUACACCAAGGGCAAUGAACAGCGUAUGGGUAAGGGUAAGGGAAAGUUCGACUACUGGACUGCGAAGGUUGGCGUGAGCAGAAUCGUCUUUGAGCUCAAGGGUGAUCUGCACGAAAAGGUCGCCAGGGAGGCCUUCCGUCUGGCCGGCCACAAGCUGCCCGGCCUCUGGGAAUUUGUGAAGAAGGGCGACCCACCGGUCGUUGGACUGACGAAACUUGGCAAUGGAGUGACUCUGGAGAGCCUCAAACGCGCACGCAGAAGCCCAGCCCUCGGUACUCAGGACCUACCGAACCCCCCGACCUCGACCUCGUCCUCCUCCAGUCCUUCUGCUCCCCAAUAA